UUUCUCUUAUACCUUCAGUAGCUUCAAAAGACUAAUACAAUUAAAAUAAAAGUUGCAGAGAGCCGCAAAUGUCACUUUUUGAAUGAACACAUCACACAAUUUUAGAUGGAGCCCGAUGAUUGUGCCGGCGCCGACUUAUCCGAGUCCAAUCCGGCAGAAACUGACCUCAGCUGCUUCUGUCAAUGUAUUGACAGGAGGAGUCGUGCGCCACAUCCAUGUAAUGAACAAUAAGAAUGCCUAACCUUUGCUUACGCCACAACGCUUCACCAGUUCCCAUCCAAAGCACCGAGCCCAGUUGGAACCUGGUUAUUCUCUGCAAACCUCCAUCAUUUUCAAUUUCUUUCACAGCACCUUUAUUCAGCGGAGAUGCGCUGCAGCUGAAACAGACACAGGAGACUGGGCAGGGUCAAAGGUCGCCCUGUCUGACUCUUAUGUUGCGCCUUAUUUUAACUGUCGAGACGUGGUCGGCGAUGUACUUUGCACCCAAGGGGGGCAGAUGGAGGGGAAAGAGAGUGCAAGGCCAGCCUCGGGUUUAGCGUUACAAAGCCCCGCCCCCUCCCCCCCCCCCGCGCCUUUUCACUGCCACGUUAAAUACUAAAACUUUCAGCUUUUCUGGAUAAAGAUCUCCAAACACCCUCAACCCCCAGAGACGCUUCAGAGGUGACGCCACGAUGAAAGCCUUUCUCCGUCGGUUUCCGUUCGCCUCACAGGAGCAAAGGCAGGCCAUCCGAACCGCAGCCACCGCGUCAAGGAGGCGCUUCCAGCCUCGGAGGAGAAGAUGGAGGAGCGGGGUCAGUGGGGCAACAAGCUGGAGUUCGUCCUGUCCGUGGCCGGCUCCAUCAUCGGCCUGGGCAACAUGUGGCGCUUCCCCUACCUCUGCUACAAGAACGGAGGAGGUGCGUUUCUAAUCCCGUACCUGAUCUUCCUCUUCACCUGCGGCGUUCCCGUCUUCUUCCUGGAGGUCGCCCUGGGUCAGUACACCAGCCAGGGAGGAAUCACCUGCUGGAGAAAAAUCAGUCCCCUGUUCGAAGGUCUUGGCUACGGUACUCAGGUGAUUGUGACUCUGCUGAACUUCUACUACAUCAUUGUCCUGGCCUGGGGGAUUUUCUACCUCUACUACUCCUUCUCUUGGGACCUGCCUUGGUCGUCCUGCAACAACACCUGGAACACAGAAAACUGCGUCGAGUUCCAGAGGAGAAACGCUUCCGUCGCCGAAGAGGCCAACCUGAACACGACUUCUCCCGUCAUGGAGUUCUGGGAGAGGAGAGCGCUGAGGAUCUCCUCCGGCAUCGACCAAAUGGGCUCUCUGAACUGGGACAUGGCGCUGUGUCUGCUCAUCGCCUGGGUCAUGUGCUACUUCUGCAUCUGGAAGGGGGUGAAAUCCACAGGAAAGGUGGUCUACUUCACCGCGACCUUUCCUUAUCUGAUGCUGGUUGUGCUGUUAGUCAGAGGACUCACUCUGCCUGGUGCCGGGAUUGGCAUUCAGUUCUAUCUGUACCCCGAUCUGGGUCGACUGGCUGAUCCACAGGUGUGGAUGGAUGCCGGGACCCAGAUCUUCUUCUCCUACGCCAUCUGCCUCGGCUCCUUGACUGCUCUGGGGAGCUACAACAAAUAUAACAACAACUGCUACAGAGAUUGCCUGGCUCUGUGCUUCCUGAACAGCAGCACCAGCUUCGUGGCAGGCUUUGCCAUCUUCUCCAUCCUGGGCUUCAUGUCCUACGAGCAAAACGUUCCCAUAUCCGAAGUGGCAGAGUCCGGACCCGGCCUGGCCUUCAUCGCCUACCCCCGUGCCGUCUCCAUGAUGCCCUUCUCUCCCUUGUGGGCCGCGCUCUUCUUCGUCAUGAUAGUUUUUCUGGGUCUGGACAGCCAGUUUGUGUGUGUGGAAAGCCUGGUAACGGCCAUCGUUGACAUGUACCCCACUGUGUUCCGGCGCAAGAAUCGCAGGGAACUGUUCCUGUUAGGGGUGGUCCUCUUCUCGUUCCUGAUGGGCCUCAUCAUGCUGAUGGAGGGAGGAAUGUAUGUUUUCCAGCUGUUCGAUUACUACGCAGCCAGCGGGAUGUGUCUUCUCCUCAUGUCCAUCUUUGAAACCGUCUGCAUCGCCUGGGUUUAUGGUGCGGACCGUUUCUAUGACAACAUUGAGGACAUGAUUGGCUACCGUCCGGGACCUUACAUCAAGUACUGCUGGUUGUUCUUCACCCCAGCCACGUGCAUUGGGACAUUUGCCUUCUCCCUCAUAAAAUACACUCCUCUGAAGUACAACAACGUGUACGUGUAUCCGUGGUGGGGAUACUUCAUAGGCUGGCUGCUUGCCCUUUCCUCCAUGGUCUGCAUUCCUCUAUGGAUGGCUUACAAGAUCAGCACUACACAGGGAACACUCAAAGAGCGCAUCCAGGCGCUCGUCACACCAUCCGAUGAUUUACCUAAAACCAAAAGGGAGCAGGAGAGGUUAUUGGCUAUCUUUGUUCCCGAGGACGACUCAACCGCAAUGACAAACGGCAACUUUCCUGUGUCAGAGAGAGAUUCUACCUUGUGAAGUCCCGUAGGUGCACCUUAUCUUAACGAAAAAUAACUAAGAACAUCAAAGAGUUCUUUGCUUCUCCUCACAAAUGCAGACGCAUUAAGAGGAAGAAGAAGGAAAAAAGUCACCGUCUUUACCCGCAAUCAUGCCUAAAAGUGAAAUUAAGAAUUCAGGAGAUACAGAGGAAGUUCAGCGCUGGGUUUGGUGUAUUUGUUCACCGACAGAAAAAGUAGGGAUGAAAAUAAUUUUUUAAAAGCAAUGUGCCAUUUUUAAAUUAUUUAAAUUUAAAGAAAUAUUGACAACAUAUUGGAUUGAUAAAGUAAACAUCAUAAUGUUCUUUUAUAUUCGGUAAUCUUUAUAUCUUCUUUUAUCUCAUUAAAUAAAUGCUUGCAGAAGUCAUUCUGCGGUAUUUAAACUAUUUAGAGUUAGUGUGUUAUCCUUUGUUGUAGAAAUGGGAAUAAACACAAAUAUAAAGUAGCUAUAGACAUUAUUCUAUUGCUACGUCGCACAAGGCUAACACAAGGCAUAAACUAGCUUUUUUUUAUAACCUAACAUAUGUUGACUGUACAAAAAAAUGUGAAUUCUGUAAGUAUGGUGUUAAAUAAACUUGUCUUUGACUGUU